UCAAGUCCAGGACCAGCCACAUCUGCAUCCUUUCUCCUUGUCUCCUUUCCAUCGUCUUCUUUUCUUCUGGUGUGGACCACCAUGGACCACUCGGUGAAGGAGCUGUUCCUCAAUUUCAUGAUUGUCUUAAUCACUGUGCUGCUGAUGUGGCUGCUGGUGAAAGUUUACCAGGACUGAACCAUGGAGCCACAAGAGAGGAGAUGAAUGAGAGGCUGAGGACAUGGAGAGAUAUGUGUCUGGAAGGAAGCCAGGAUGGUUACUGUAGGACUUUACUGCUGAUUGAUUCUUGUUCAGACACAGUGUUUACAUCUUUUCAUUCUUUAAGUCGAUGAGCACUGGUUUGGUCCAGAACUGUAGUUUGUAUUGGAUUGCCAUGUGAUUGCUGCAGACAGGGCAGAUUGUCAAUGACAAACUAGUCUUGGAUCAGUA